AUGAGUGGGAGUUACUGGACGUCGACACAGCGGCAGCAGUGGCAGUUUUCGAAGGCUGCGCUGGCUAAAGAGAAACAGAAACUAUGGGUACUGGAAUGUCAGUUGUACCCUGAUGGUUUGAACAUCGUGAUGGAUUCAUCGAAUGGCAGCAAUAGUGUGUCAAGUGGCAGUGGUAGUAACGGCAACAACCAUUCGUCAGUGAAGAAUAUUCCAAUCUUGCAUCGAGAUUUACAUUACGACAAGGACUACAAUCUACGCAUAUAUUGCUAUUUCCUUAUAAUGAAACUAGGUAGAAGACUCAAUAUACGACAAGUUGCAUUGGCGACUGCGCAUGUAUAUUUAGCUCGGUUUCUAUUGAGAGCAUCUAUCAGAGAAGUCAAUUUGUAUUUGUUGGUGACAACGUCUGUUUAUUUGGCCUGUAAAGUUGAAGAAUGUCCGCAGUAUAUUCGAUCAUUAGUCUCUGAAGCUAGAUCGUUAUGGCCAGAAUUUAUACCUCCUGAUCCAACAAAAGUCACAGAAUUUGAAUUCUAUCUGAUCGAAGAAUUGGAAAGUUAUCUAGUCGUACAUCAUCCAUAUAGAUCAAUGGAUCAAAUGGUCACUGUAUUGAAACAACAACCUUAUACAUUGGAACUUUCCCCUGAAGAGAUCCAGAAUUGUUGGUCUCUUAUCAACGAUAGUUAUAUUAAUGAUGUACAUCUAGUGUAUCCACCACAUAUCACGGCGAUGGCUUGUAUGUUUAUCACAAUAUCGAUGCAAGAGAAUACAAAUACAAUGACUACUUUCAAUGAUUUUAUGGCUAGAUCGCAAGUGGAUUUACAAGAAGUCAUGGGCGCUGUGCAGGAUCAGAUCACUCUGUAUGAUCAUUGGGAUAAAUAUCACGAACCUUGGAUUAAAUUUCUAUUGCAUACUUUGUAUUUAAGGAAUAAUCAACAAUCGCCCCAAUCAUCACCGUCGCAACAACAACUGCAACAGCAGCAGCAACAACUGCAACAACUGCAACAGCAACAAGCAUCCUCAUGA